AUGGAGGACGUGGUGAUUGCAGGCAUAGCAGGAAAGCUGCCAGAAUCUGAGAACUUGCAAGAGUUUUGGGAGAACCUACUUAAUGGAGUUGAUAUGGUCACAGAGGAUGAUCGGAGGUGGAAACCAGGAAUGUAUGGGCUGCCCAAGAGAAAUGGAAAGCUCAAGGACAUAAGCAAGUUUGAUGCCUCCUUUUUUGGGGUCCACCCCAAACAAGCUCAUACAAUGGAUCCUCAGCUUCGCUUGCUGUUGGAAGUUUCUUACGAAGCUAUUUUGGAUGGAGGCAUUAAUCCAGCUACCCUCCGUGGCACAGACACGGGUGUAUGGGUUGGUGCAAGUGGGUCAGAAGCUGCUGAAGCCUUUAGCCAAGAUCCAGAACAGCUUUUGGGAUACAGUAUGACUGGCUGCCAGCGUGCUAUGUUUGCCAACAGGAUUUCUUACUUCUACGAUUUUAAAGGACCAAGCUUAACUAUUGACACAGCCUGCUCCUCCAGUCUCAUGGCUCUAGAAAAUGCUUAUAAGGCAAUUCGUAAUGGAUGGUGCAGUGCAGCCGUGGUAGGAGGGGUCAACCUUCUGCUGAAGCCCAACACUUCUGUGCAGUUUAUGAAGCUGGGUAUGCUUAGUCCUGAUGGUGCCUGCAAAGCUUUUGAUGCUUCAGGAGAUGGAUAUUGUCGCUCUGAAGCUGUCGUCGUCGUUCUUUUGACCAAGAAAUCCAUGGCUAAACGCAUCUAUGCUACAAUAGUUAAUGCUGGGAGUAACACUGAUGGCUUUAAAGAGCAAGGUGUGACGUUCCCAUCUGGAGACAUGCAGCGGCAGUUGGUCAGUUCUCUGCACAGAGAAUGUGGUAUCAAGCCUGCAGACAUUGAGUAUGUUGAAACUCAUGGGACAGGCACCAAGGUUGGAGAUCCACAGGAAGUAAAUGGCAUUGCAGAUCUCUUCUGCCAAUGUGAGAGAGAGCCAUUGUUGAUUGGAUCAACCAAAUCAAACAUGGGUCAUCCAGAGCCUGCCUCUGGACUUGCUGCAUUAGCCAAGGUCGUUCUCUCUCUGGAACAUGGGCUGUGGGCGCCAAAUCUUCAUUUCAGUGACCCAAAUCCAGAUAUUCCUGCUUUAUACAAUGGCUCCUUAAAGGUGGUUUGUGAACCAACACCAAUAAAAGGUGGCUUAGUCAGCAUCAAUUCUUUUGGCUUUGGAGGUUCUAACGUUCAUGUCAUUCUGAAGCCAAAUGAGAAGAAACAUCAACCUCCAGAGACUUGUAACUUGCCAAGACUGGUGCAAGUUUGUGGCAGAACAGAGGAAGCUGUAGAAAUACUAAUUCAAGAGAGCAAAAAAUAUAGAGGAUGCAGUCCAUUUUUACACCUGCUCAGUGAUAUCUCUGCAAUUCCUGUAUCCCUCAUGCCCUACAGGGGCUACACCCUAGUUGGCUCUGAGAGUGACAUCAAAGAGGUUCAGCAAGUUCAAGCAUCUGGUAGACCACUCUGGUACGUCUGUUCAGGCAUGGGAACCCAGUGGAAAGGUAUGGGCCUGAGUCUUAUGAAAUUGGAUGUGUUUCGCCAGUCUAUAAUGCGCUCAGAUGAGGCUUUGAAGAACACAGGACUGAAGGUCUCAGACCUGCUUCUGCAUGCAGAUGACAAUACUUUUGAUGAGACUGUCAGUGCAUUUGUUGGACUAGCUGCUGUUCAGAUUGCCCAAAUUGAUGUGCUAAAGGCUGCAGGUCUGCAACCUGAUGGGAUUUUGGGCCACUCAGUGGGAGAAGUAGCUUGUGGCUAUGCAGAUAAUUCCUUAAGUCAUGAAGAAGCCAUUCUUGCUGCUUAUUGGCGGGGACGAUGUGUUAAAGAGGCCAAAUUGCCCCCAGGAGGAAUGGCUGCUGUUGGUCUGUCAUGGGAGGAAUGUAAGCAGCGCUGUCCUCCAAAUGUGGUACCAGCCUGCCACAACUCUGAAGAUACCGUCACUGUUUCGGGGCCUCUGGACUCUGUGAGUGAGUUUGUAGCCAAACUGAAAAAGGAUGGUGUGUUUGCAAAGGAGGUGCGCAGUGCUGGAGUUGCAUUUCAUUCCUAUUAUAUGGCCUCUAUUGCACCAGUGCUGCUAAGUGCUCUGAAAAAGGUCAUUCCACACCCUAAACCUCGUUCAGCCCGGUGGAUCAGUACAUCUAUCCCUGAAUCUCAGUGGCAAAGUGAUCUGGCUAGGAAUUCCUCUGCAGAGUAUUACGUGAACAACCUAGUGAGUCCUGUGCUGUUCCAUGAAGGCCUGAAGCAUAUUCCAGAGAAUGCAGUUGUAGUGGAGAUUGCUCCACAUGCUCUUUUACAGGCUAUCUUGAGGAGAAGUUUGAAACCAUCAUGCACUAUUCUACCUUUGAUGAAGAAGGAUCAGAAGAAUAAUUUGGAGUUCUUCCUAACACAGACUGGAAAGAUUCAUUUAACUGGGAUAAAUGUUAUUGGAAACAACUUGUUCCCAUCUGUGGAAUACCCUGUCCCUGUGGGAACACCCCUUAUUUCUCCAUAUAUCAAAUGGGACCACAGCCAGGACUGGGAUGUUCCAAAAGCUGAAGACUUUCCAUCAGGUUCCAGAGGCUCUGCAUCUGCUUCAGUCUACAAUAUUGAUGUGACUCCUGACUCUCCUGACCAUUACCUGGUUGGUCAUUGCAUUGAUGGCAGAAUCCUGUACCCAGCAACUGGGUACCUUGUGCUGGCUUGGCGAUCUCUGGCACGGUCUCUUGGCCUGGCCAUGGAGCAGACAGCUGUUAUGUUUGAAGAAGUUACAAUUCAUCAGGCAACUAUCAUUCCCAAAAAGGGAUCAGUGCAGUUGGAAGUUCGAAUCAUGCCUGCUUCCCACCGCUUUGAAGUGUCAGGGAAUGGGAAUUUAGCUGUGAGUGGGAAGAUUAACCUCCUAGAAAACGAUUCUCUGAAGAACUUCCAUAACCAGCUAGCUGCCUUUCAGACUCAGUUAAACACAAGCUCAAAGUCUGACCUCUUGAAGGAAGACGUUUACCAAGAACUGCAUCUUCGUGGAUAUAAUUAUGGACCAACUUUCCAGGGUGUUCUGGAAUGCAAUGGUGAAGUAAGUGCAGGGAAAGUUCUGUGGAAUGGAAACUGGGUGACCUUCCUUGACACCGUGCUACACAUGAUAGUCUUAGGUGAGCCUGGGCGCAGUCUACGCUUACCCACCAGGAUUCGCUCAGUGUAUAUUGACCCAGUGCUGCAUCGAGAGCAUGUGUACCAAUACCAGGACAGUGUAGAAGCUUUAGAUGUUGUUGUUGACCGCUGUCUUAACAGUCUCAAAGCAGGAGGUGUUCAGAUUAAUGGUCUUCAUGCUUCUGUGGCACCACGACGACAACAGGAACGAAUCCCUCCCACCCUGGAAAAAUUCUGCUUUGUUCCCUAUAGUGAGAGUAACUGUUUGUCUUCCAGUACCCAGCUUCAUGCCUAUCUGGAGCACUGCAAAGGUCUGAUCAAGAACUUACAGGCUAAAGUGGCUGUGCAUGGUGUCAAAUUAGUCAUCCAUGGCCUAGAAACUGCAGGGGCUGCUGCAGGGUCCUCACCCAUGCAGAAGGGCCUUCAGCAUAUCCUUGCUGAAAUCUGCCGUCUGGAACUGAAUGGAAACCUACAUUCUGAGCUGGAACAGAUCGUGACUCAAGAGAAAAUGCACUUCCAGGAUGACCCUCUUCUCAAUGGCUUGCUAGAUUCUUCAGAGUUGAAGACUUGCCUGGAUGUGGCACUGGAGAACAUGACCAGUCACAGGAUGAAGAUAGUGGAGGCUCUUGCAGGAAAUGGACAUCUGUUCUCUCGUGUCACAAGUAUUCUGAAUACUCAGCCCCUAUUGCAGCUGGACUACAUUGCCACUGAUUGCACCCUUGAAGCUCUUUCAGCUAAUGAAACAGAGCUACAGGAUGCUGGAAUUUCCUUUAGCCAGUGGGAUCCGUCUAACCCUCCUUCCGGAAACCUGACCAAUGCUGACCUGGUGGUAUACAACUGCUCAACAAAUGUUCUAGGGAACACCACUAAAAUUGUCUCUAAUUUGGCAGCUGCAGUGAAAGAAGGAGGGUUUGUUUUGCUACACACCCUUCUUCAAGGAGAAACUCUUGGAGAAAUUGUCAGCUUCCUUACAAGCCCAGACCUACAGCAGAAGCACAGCUUCCUGUCUCAGGCACAAUGGGAAGGCUUAUUCAGCAAGGCCUCACUGAAUAUGAUUGCAAUGAAGAGAUCUUUCUUUGGCUCAGUUAUUUUCCUGUGUCGCCGGCAAUCCCCUGCCAAAACACCCAUUUUUCUCCCAGUAGAUGAGACCCAUUAUAAGUGGGUUGAAUCCUUAAAGGAGAUCUUGGCUGACCAAUCGGAGCGGCCUGUGUGGUUGACUGUCACCAGUUGUGGGAACUCAGGAAUUUUGGGCAUGGUGAACUGUCUCCGCCUGGAAGCAGAAGGCCACAGAGUCAGGUGUGUGUUCGUUUCCAACUUGAACCCUUCAUCGGCUGUCCCAUCCAUUAGUCUUUCUUCUCUGGAGAUGCAGGAGAUUGUUCAGAGAGAUCUGGUGAUGAAUGUGUAUCGCGAUGGAAAGUGGGGCUCCUUCAGGCACCUUCCAUUGCAGCAAGGACAACCUCAGGAGUUGACAGAAUAUGCCUACGUCAAUGUGUUGACUCGUGGAGAUCUCUCAUCCCUUCAUUGGAUUGUUUCCCCACUUCAGCACUUCUACACAACUAAUCCAGAUGUUCAGCUCUGUAAAGUCUAUUAUGCAUCUCUUAAUUUCCGGGACAUUAUGCUGGCCACAGGAAAGCUUUCUCCAGAUGCUAUCCCUGGUAACUGGGCUUCACAGCAGUGCAUGCUGGGCAUGGAGUUCUCAGGACGGGACCUGGCUGGAAGAAGGGUGAUGGGAUUACUGCCAGCAAAAGGGCUGGCUACAGUGGUAGACUGUGACAAGAGGUUUCUAUGGGAAGUCCCUAAAAACUGGACCCUGGAAGAAGCAGCUUCGGUGCCUGUGGUUUAUGCCACUGCUUAUUACGCCUUGGUGGUUCGAGGUGGUAUGAAGAAGGGUGAGAGUGUCCUUAUUCACUCUGGCUCAGGAGGUGUGGGCCAAGCAGCCAUUGCCAUUGCCCUGAGCAUGGGCUGCCGUGUCUUUACUACUGUAGGCUCUGCUGAGAAACGCCAAUAUCUCCAAGCAAGGUUCCCACAGCUGGAUGCUAAUAGCUUUGCCAGCUCCCGAAAUACUACCUUUGAGCAACAUAUAUUACGAGUUACCAAUGGAAAAGGUGUCAACCUUGUGCUGAAUUCCUUGGCAGAAGAAAAGCUCCAAGCCAGUUUGCGUUGUCUUGCUCAACAUGGGCGCUUUUUGGAAAUAGGCAAAUUUGAUCUAUCUAACAACAGUCAGCUUGGAAUGGCUCUUUUCCUCAAGAAUGUGUCAUUUCAUGGGAUCCUACUGGAUUCAAUCUUUGGGGAAGCAAACGAAGAGUGGGAAGUAGUAUCAAAGUUGUUGAUAAAAGGCAUAGAAAAUGGUGUGGUAAAGCCCCUGAGAAGUACAGUCUUCAACAAAGAAGAGGUAGAAGCUGCCUUCAGGUUCAUGGCACAAGGAAAACACAUUGGCAAAGUUAUGAUCAAGGUCCAAGAAGAGGAGAAGCAAUAUCCUUUAAGAAGGUCUGAACCAGUCAAACUCUCUGCCAUCUCCCGAACUUCCUGUCCAUCGACCAAGUCUUACAUCAUCACAGGCGGCCUAGGAGGAUUUGGGCUUGAGUUGGCACAGUGGCUAAUUGAGAGAGGAGCACAGAAGCUUGUCCUGACAUCCCGUUCUGGCAUACGAACUGGCUACCAGGCUAAAUGUGUUAGAGAAUGGAAGGCACUGGGAAUCCAAGUAUUGGUAUCUACUAGUGAUAUUGGAACACUAGAAGGAACGCAGCUAUUGAUAGAAGAAGCUAUGCGGCUUGGACCAGUUGGGGGCAUCUUUAAUUUGGCUGUGGUCCUUAGAGAUGCCAUGAUUGAAAAUCAGACCCCAGAAUUAUUCUGGGAGGUCAACAAGGCCAAGUAUUCAGGCACCCUUCAUCUGGACUGGGUGACACGUAAGAAGUGCCCAGAUCUGGACUAUUUUGUUGCGUUCUCAUCUGUAAGCUGUGGAAGAGGAAAUGCUGGGCAAAGUAAUUAUGGCUUUGCCAAUUCUGCCAUGGAGCGUAUCUGUGAGCAAAGACACCAUGAUGGACUCCCAGGCCUGGCAAUCCAAUGGGGGGCCAUUGGUGAUGUGGGUAUCCUGAAGACAGUGGGAAACACAGAUAUUGUGAUUGGGGGAACCAUUCCCCAGCAAAUCAGCUCAUGCCUGGAGGUGCUCGAUACCUUCCUGAAUCAACCUCAUCCUGUCAUGUCCAGUUUUGUCCUAGCAGAGAAGGUCUCUGUGAAAAGUGAAGGAAGCAAUCAACGGGAUCUUGUAGAAGCUGUUGCUCACAUCAUUGGUGUCAGAGAUGUGAGUAGUCUGAAUGCUGACAGCACCUUAGCAGACUUGGGCUUGGAUUCUUUGAUGGGUGUGGAGGUGCGCCAGACACUGGAGAGAGACUAUGACAUCAUUAUGACCAUGAGAGAAAUCCGACUCCUUACAAUCAACAAACUUCGUGAACUUUCCUCCAAGUCUGGGACAGCAGAAGAGCUGAAGCCAUCCCAACUGUUGAAGACAGGCCCAGGCGAGCCUCCAAAAUUAGAUUUGAACAACUUGCUGGUGAAUCCAGAAGGGCCAACAAUUACCCGUCUCAAUGAUGUUCAGAGCACAGAGCGCCCUCUUUUUCUUGUUCACCCCAUUGAGGGAUCCAUUGCAGUUUUCUACACUCUCGCUUCCAGACUUCAUAUGCCCUGCUAUGGGCUCCAGUGCACAAAAGCUGCUCCCUUGGACAGCAUACAGAGUCUGGCAUCCUAUUACAUUGACUGUAUGAAGCAGAUACAGCCUGAAGGACCUUACCGCAUUGCUGGAUACUCUUUUGGUGCCUGUGUAGCUUUUGAAAUGUGCUCUCAGCUGCAAGGACAACAAAAUGCCUCCCAUGCACUCAACAGUCUAUUCCUCUUUGAUGGGUCUCAUUCAUUUGUGGCAGCUUACACUCAGAGCUACAGAGCCAAGCUGGCCCAAGGAAAUGAGGCUGCACUGGAGACAGAAGCAUUAUGUGCCUUUGUUCAGCAGUUUACAGGCAUUGAAUAUAAUAAGCUGUUGGAGAUUCUUUUGCCCUUGAAAGAUCUGGAGGCUCGUGUCAAUGCUGCUGCAGACCUGAUAACUCAGAUUCAUAAAAACAUCAAUCGUGAAGCACUCAGCUUUGCAGCUGCUUCCUUUUACCACAAGCUGAAGGCUGCUGACAAGUAUAUACCAGAGUCAAAGUAUCAUGGCAAUGUGACACUGAUGCGGGCGAAGACUCACAAUGAAUAUGAAGAAGGUCUGGGUGGAGACUACAGACUCUCAGAGGUAUGUGAUGGAAAAGUGUCUGUCCAUGUCAUUGAAGGGGAUCACCGCACCUUAUUGGAGGGAGAUGGUGUUGAAUCAAUUAUUGGGAUCAUCCACAGCUCACUGGCAGAACCACGUGUCAGUGUCAGAGAGGGUUAA